AUGAGACCUACAAACAUCAUUUCAACACUAUACAAUAAUCAUUGGACAUCAUCUAGCAAAACCCCAAUUCCCCCAUUUAUUUCAACAUUCCUCAACGAAAAAUGGCCUCUUCCGGGAGGCGAUUCCUGUGAUUUUGAGUGCCUUCUCCCUCCUCCCCCACAAAAAGAAGAAAAAACUGAAGAGAUUGAUGAUAGCUUAAAUCCUGAGGAAAGAAUAAAACAACAACAACUAGAUAAAACGUUAAAAAAUAAAAAAUUAGUUGAGGUGGAAACUGGAGGAAUUGAAAGGGUUUUGACUUCCUUGGAUCAACUCUCAAUUUUAACCGAUUUAUCCUUACCCAUAUCAUCUCCCUCAACCUCGACUCCCUCCACUCAACAACAUAUAUUUCCUCAUGGGGAGGGUAUUACUCGUUGUUUGUGUUGUAAAACUACCCCUACAACAUCUACAAAUGCUCCGAAUUUAACAAAUUUUGAAAAACAACAUUGGAGGUUGAUAGAGGAGGUUUUGAAUGAUGCCGAAUUUCAUCAGUUGCUUUUGGUGGGGAAAAAUUUUUUUAAUUUUCAGAAUUUUUUCUGAUUUUUUUCUGAUUUUUUUCAGAAUAUUUUCCGAUUUUUUCAGAAUUUUUUCUGAUUUUUUCAGAAUUUUUUCUGAUUUUUUUCAGAAUUUUUUCUGAUUUUUUUCAGAAUUUUUUCUGAUUUUUUUCAGAAUUUUUUCUGAUUUUUUUUCAGAAUUUUUCAGAAUUUGUUCUGAUUUUUCAGAAUUUUUCUGAUUUUUCUCAGAAUUUUUCUGAUUUUUUUUCAGAAUUUUUCUGAAAUUUUCCUGAUUUUUUCAGAAUUUUUUCAAAUUUCUAUUUAUUUUUUAUUUAUUUUUUAAUAUUAUUUUUUGAGAAAUGCACUCUUCCUUUUUUACCCACCCGAAUUUUAUCUUUUUUUAAUAUUCUAUGGCACAAUUCCUAAGAUACUUUGUGCAUUUGAAAUUUUUAAGCAUCGAUUCCUAUUUGCUUCUCCUUUUAUUGUUACCAUUUAUAUUUU